GAAAGUGGGUAGGGGAGCCUGAUAGGGCCGGCACUUAUUGCAAUAACGACAGGCAAGAGGUGUUUGUUCUGCGGCCUUACAGAGCUGCUGGUGUGGAGGGCCUCUGAGGUGGGCUAUAAAUGGCGAGAUAAAUAGCCUUAGAGAGCGGGCUUUUCUCUGUUGCUCUGUACUUUGACAGUGCCCAGGAUUCUCCACUUUGCUGGCUCUAAUUGCAAUCUGACCCGGGAAAGGGAUCACGAUUUGACUUUCAACAAGGAAGAACAUCAGAAAAUCCACUGAUACCGGCGUAUUAUUCACAAGCAGUACCUGCGUGUGAUUUUUGCACACGGUUUUGCACACUUUUUCUUUUCCAUGCAGACGAAUGAGGGAGAAACAUUUGAAGAAAGCUGUUCCCAGAGAGAAGGAGCAAGAAAGGGAAGAACAGUUAAUGGAAGACAAGAAAAGGAAGAAAGAGGAUAAAAAAAAGAAAGAAGCUGCUCAGAAGGUCACAGAACAAAAAACCAAAGUGCCCGAAGUGACGAAACCAAGUUCAAGCCAAGCGACGGCCGCCAGCCUACCUGGCAGCUCCCCCUCGCCACCAGUCAAUGGUGGCAAUAAUGCCAAAAGGGUGGCAGUGCCGAACGGACAACCGCCCAGCACCGCCCGCUAUAUGCCUCGGGAGGUGCCGCCGCGAUUCCGCUGCCAGCAGGACCACAAAGUGUUACUGAAGCGUGGACAGCCUCCUCCAGCGUCCUGUAUGCUGCCGGGGGGAGGAGCAGGGGCUCCCCCCUCAACCACUGCUCCAGGGGCCUGCCCAGGCAACGCACAGCCAGGGGCGGGGGCACUGCUGCAAGGGGAGAGCGGGCCUACAACAGACUCAUCAUCGGGGGCAGCUGCUACUUCAAAUUAUGCAAAUUCCACUUGGGGCUCAGGAGGCCCCGCAAGCAGCGGCCCCACUACAAACCCUCCCCACGCCUGGGACAAAGUGAUUGUAGACGGGUCGGACAUGGAAGAGUGGCCUUGCAUAGCCGGCGUGGACGCAGAGCCCCCUUCCGACAACGCCACAGACAACAACAGUGCCUCAAACUCAGCCUCGGAGAAGGGACCCCCACAAGGAAGCACCACUAGCCACAAAGGGCGGGGGGGCCAGGGCCAGCAGCAGCAGCAGCCUGGAAGUGAAUGUAUCCAGGGCGUCUGGAAAUCUGACCCCAAGGCUAAGCCUGUCCCGUCUUCCAACCCUGCUGCAGAGGGUGUAAAUAGAGUGGGAAACUGGAGAAAUGUGGGUGGGUCAGAGAGAGCUGGUUCUGCCUCUGGUUUCAGCAACUUUAAUCCAAAUACCAACCCAUCUGCUUGGCCUGCCCUUGUCCAGGAAGGCAACAGAAAAGGGAACCCAGAAUCAGACAGCAGCUUUUCUGGCAUACAACUUGGCCCAGUGGGUUUGACCUCUCGGGAGCAGCAGUCAAAGAUGGAAAUUGCGGGUUCCAGCUUUGCAGGAUCGGGCAGGGAGCCUGCCCCAACCCAUCACACUGACGGACCAAAAAAUGGAAACACUAACUCUACGAACUCAAAUACUUUGAAUGCCCCUGAUAACAAGGGAACAGCUUUUGGGGUGGGCUCAUUGGAUUCCUGCCGGGGUUCAGACUCCCCUGCUCAAAGCACUGGAGAAAGAAAGAAUGGGGGGGUGGGCUCUUGGGGAGCGGGAAGGGGUCAGUCUGCCACAGGAGAUGCUAAUUUUGGACACAGCAACUCUGGGAGCAAUGGACGAGAGAGGGAAGACGCAAGGAAAGCGCCUUUAUCUCAUAGGCCCAAUGGGUCAAGGGGGGAAUCUUGGGAAAGCAAAAGUGGGAAUGGUUCUUGGGGUUACAGCCCACAGGCAGACCCUAGUGAAGUGAAAUGGGGUGAAGGGAACAAAUUGGGAGCUGGAGGGUUGUCUCAGGGAGAAUGGAAGCAGCCAGCCGGACAUGAGGACUUAAAGGUGGGAGAGUGGGGAGGCUUGAACCAAGGAAAUUCUAGCACUGGAGCAUGGGACAAUCAGAAGGGCCACUCUCUAUCGGAUAACCAGGGCAAUGCGUCAUCGGCGGCCUGCUGGGGCCGAGCCCCCAGCUCUGCAGGAAGUGAAGCAGGGGGGCAAAGCACUGGAAGCAACCCUAAGGCGGGGGGCAGUGGGGGAAGUGGAGACAGCCUGAACUCCAGCAAUCGACGUUCACACAGAUCUGCUCCCCCAGACUGUCAGGCUGCUCUUCAGACAUUACUGAGCCGCACUGAUUUAGAUCCCCGGGUGAUGUCCAACUCUGGCUGGGGCCAAACCCAGAUCAAGCAAGAUGCAGCAUGGGAGAAUGAGGAAGUGCCCACUCGACCUGAAGGCAAAUCAGACCGGGGGACUGAAGGUUGGGAGAACGUGUCCCAAGCCAAAACCUCAGGGGGUUGGGGGGAUGCUCCCAGCCAAAGCAAUCAAAACAAGUCAGGCUGGGGGGAGCCUCCUGCCCCUACACCUUCAACCCAAGAAUGGAAGGACACCAAAGCAACUGGCUGGAAUGACUAUAAAAAUAGCUCAACUGGUUGGGUUGGUGGAGGAGGUGGAGGGGGUGGAACACGACCAGAGGACAAGGCAGUUCCAAGUUGGAACAAUGAAAGUAGUGGGGCUGCAGAGCCUGGGUGGGGUACACGGCAGUCAAAUCCUGGAGGUGGCUGGUCAGCAGGAAAGAAUGGUUGGGGGGGGAAUGGAAGUGAGGACAUGGAGCCUCCCAAGGUCUCUGGGGGCUGGGAAGGCUCAGGAAACAAAUCUUCCUCUGGCUGGGGUGAAGUUGGACAAAACGAAGUUGGUUCUUGGGGUAAUGGGGCAAACUCAAAUCCAGCUCCACGAACUGGCUGGGAGGAGACUAAGAGGCCCCAGGGAGGAGGAAACUGGGGUGAGGCAGCUAGGCCCCAACAACCCUGGAACAAACAGCAGGAAGCAACCCCAGCUUCAGCAAAUCCUGGCUCCUGGGGUGGCUCUCAGGCACCCCCUCCACCUGGAAAUGGGAGAUCACAGCCAAGUUCAGGGUGGAAGGGUGGUCCCCAGCCAACUGUUUCUAAGGAGGAAGAGCCAAGUGGCUGGGAGGAACCAUCCUCACAAUCCAUUGGUCAUAAAAUGGACAUUGACGAUGGAACAGCAGCUUGGGGAGAUCCUAACAAUUACAGUUACAAAAAUGUCAGCCUGUGGGAUAAGAAUGCUCAAGCAGGCCCUGGGCAGAUGGCUCGGGAGCAAGGGAUAUCUGGGUCAAUGGCAAACAAGGCAGCUCCCUCAGUGUGGAGUAAAAACAAAGGGCCGCCAGCUGACAAUGGGACUUCAGCUUGGGGUGAGCCAACUGAGCCUGCUCCAGGGUGGGGAGAAGGUGAGGAGUCGGGUCCACCAAAUCCAGGAUGGGGAAGUGCACCUCAAGUAACUCCCAGUGCCAUGAAAUCUGGUACAAAAUCUAUGCAAGACGGCUGGGGUGAAAGUGAUGGGCCAGUGACAGGAACACGUCACAGCAGCUGGGAUGAAGAAGAGGAGGGCGGGGUCUGGAAUAGUACAGGAUCUCAGGGAAGUGGCUCCUCCCACAACUCAGCAGGUUGGGGACAAGGAGGAAAGAAACCACAGAUCAAGGGUCCCUUAAAAGGAGGGAGCAAUGAUUCUUGGAUGAACACCAUGCCCAAACAGUUCUCCAACAUGGGAUUGUUGAGCCAAGUUGAUGAUCCCUCUGCGACUAAGAUGGACCAUCCUGGUGGGCUUCCAGAUAAGAAGUUUGAGACCGACAAGCGAGGCAUGAAUCUCGGGGAUUUUAAUGACAUGAUGCGGAAGGACCGGUCUGGCUUCCGUCUGAACAAUUCCAAAGAGAUGGGAGCUGCAGACAGUGGGCCUUAUUUUGAGAAGCUGACUUUGCCUUUCUCCAAUCAAGACGGGUGCCUUGGGGAUGAGGCUCCCAGUUCCCCUUUUUCUCCCUCCCCUAGCUACAAGCUAUCUCCCUCCGGCUCCUCGCUCCCUUCCGUGGGCCUGGGGGCUAUUGGUUCUGGCCUCAACCCCCAAACCUUCGCUGCUAGACAAGGUGGCAAUCACGGACUAUUUGGAAACAGCGGUGCACAAUCGCGAGGCAUGCACAACUCUGUGCCAUCGCUCAAUUCCUCUCCCAACCUUCGGGCACAAGUGCCUCCCCAGUUCCUCUCUCCCCAGGUCUCGGCCUCCAUGCUGAAGCAGUUCCCUAAUAGUAACAUGAAUCCAGGACUGUUUAAUAUGGGGCCACAGCUUUCCCCUCAGCAGAUUGCAAUGCUGAGCCAACUUCCUCAAAUUCAGCAGUUCCAGCUGGCAUGUCAACUCCUCCUGCAGCAGCAGCAACAACAACAACAGCAGCAGCAACAACAACAACAACAGCAGCAGCAACAGCAGCAGCAGCAGCUCCUUCAGAACCAGAGGAAAAUCUCUCAAGCGGUCAGACAGCAGCAGGAACAGCAGCAGAUUGCUCGUAUGGUGAGUGCCCUCCAACAGCAACAGCAACAAAGGCAGCCAGGAAUGAAGCACUCUCCCUCUCAUCCUGCUGGACCCAAAGCUCAUUUAGAUGCUAUUGGCCUCUCAGAGAUGCAAGCCAAAGGGCACAUGCCAUAUGGAUCUGGUUUUGGCUCAAGUGGAAUGGAAUAUGGAACAGUAGGUAAGGAGGCUGGAGCAGAGUCUCGAUUUAAACAGUGGACAUCCAUGAUGGAGGGGCUACCGUCCACUGUUUCUCAAGAUGCCAGCUUACAUAAGAAUGGCUCUAUUGCACCCCCAGUAAAAAAUCGUGGAGGUUCCCCCUACCACCAAUUUGACAUGAUGUCUACGGAUGCUUUGGGAGGGCAUGGGGGGCCAACAGAGAGCUGGUUACCUGCCAAAUCACCCCCUUCAAGCAAAAUUGGAAACAAGUCAAUAAAUGCCAGCUGGCCCCCGGAGUUUCAGCCAGGAGUACCGUGGAAAGGGAUCCAAAAUAUUGAUCCAGAAUCUGAUCCUUAUGUUACCCCUGGAAGUGUGCUGGGGGGUCCAGCCCCAUCUCCCAUUGUAGAUACUGACCACCAGCUACUGCAGGACACCCCCACAGGGUCCAAUUCUUCCCUCAACACCUCGCUGCCUUCACCUGGUGCCUGGCCCUUCAGUGCCUCUGAGAAUAUCCAUAGCACUUCAGCACUCUCUGCAAAGUUUGGGGACUACAAAUCGACCUGGUCACCAGACCCCAUAGGACAUAACCCAUCACAUCACUCGAACAAGAUGUGGAAAAACCAGAUGUCCAGGAACAGCCCUGGACUGCCUCGCCCGCCUCCAGGGCUCACAAACAACCCCAAAGCCACCAACUCUCCCUGGAACAGCACAGCACCUCGCUCUGUUAGGGGAUGGGGCGGACAGGACUCCAGAAUGGCUUCCGCAUCAGCUUGGAGUGAUGGUGGAUCUGUGCGCCCCAGCUACUGGCUUAUCCUUCUCAAUCUCACACCUCAGAUCGAUGGUUCAACCCUGCGAACGAUCUGCAUGCAGCAUGGCCCCCUGCUGACAUUCCAUCUCAACCUUACCCAGGGCACAGCUCUAAUCCGAUACAGCACCAAACAGGAGGCAGCCAAGGCCCAGAGUGCCCUCCAUAUGUGUGUUCUGGGUAAUACAACUAUCCUAGCGGAGUUUGCAACGGAUGAGGAGGUGAGCCGGUAUCUUGCACAAGCUCAGCCACCAGCUCCCUCUGCUCCAGGUGCAGGCUGGCAGCCUUUGGAAGUAGGACCGAACCACCCAGCUGAACCAGUAGGACCAGCCCUGAACCUUUUUGGAGGAUCCACAGGGCUAGGGCAAUGGAGCAGUGGUGGUGGUGGUGGUGGUAGUGACCUGUCAGGGGUUUCCCUCUGGGGUACUCCUAGCAGCUACACAUCCAGUCUGUGGGGUGUGUCGAGCACAGAGGACGCCCACAGGAUGGGCAGCCCUGCCCCGCUACUACCCGGUGACCUUCUGGGAGGAGGGACCGACUCGAUAUGAACUUUGAACUUUCAACUCUGACCUCGUGACCUUUCAGAGCAGCAGCACUAACUUGACCUUUUUGUGUUUUUUUUUUUUUUUCAAACUUGCAAUAAAAACUUUUUUUUUUUUACAAAAAAAUUGGGGGGGGAAAAAAAAAAAGAAACCGGAUACAGAUAGAGAUAUCAGGUGGGUGCAAACUAAGACUCCUGAUCGCCAACGUUACAAAAACUUGCGGUCACUUUUAAAAGUGGUUGGUUUAACUUUUUUGUGUUUGCGAAUGCCUUCCUCCCCCCAUUGGAUAUCUGAAGAAAGUGGGAGGAGGAAUUAAGAAAAAAAAAGUUGAUAACAGAUUGGGGGGGGAGUGGGAAAUGUAGAAAAUGGAAAAAAAAGACAAAAAAAAAACAUAUCUGUCUUGAAAUACUUGAAUACUGAAAGCCAAUGUUGAAAGACAAUGUGAAUUCAUAAAAUCUACCCUAUAAUACCUUGUGUGCCGGAAGGGUCUAUAUAAUAUGUCAAAAGGACCUUUCUGACAUCCAUGGAGUUAAAUCCUAUAGUGCCGGGGAGGGUGGGCAGAGUCGAGUGUUUAUCUAGAAUUAUUACGUGGCAUUUUGUGAAAGCUGGACGAAAAGGAAGGCAACAAUGCAGAAAAAAGGUCAUUCAAACAAUAAACCUUUUCAUGCCAGAGGGGUGCAUUAUAUUGCAAAAGAAAACAGAUAUUUCCAGGGCCUGACUUCAGUUAGGGGGGCAAAAAAAGGCAGUGCAGAAAAGCUCAUAUAUGAGAACUGCCAUCCUCUUGACUUCCACCUGUUAUUAACUGCUUGGAGGUUUCUUGGGAGUCGUGGUUAAACAGUGGCAAGGCAAGACAGAUAUAUGUUAAGAUGUUAAUUUUUGAGUUGUUGCAAGAGGCACCAAAUGGAACUGGGGGCCUAGCAAACAUGCCUGCCCUGUGCUAAACCCGCCCUGGAUAUUUACAUUGACUGGAAAGGGAAUGGAUUCUUCUGCCUUUUACUAAUAAAGGUUAUUGGAAGUAGAUUCCUUUCCGCCAUACUAUUACCAAACAUUUCAUAGUAAGGCAGAAGAAAAGCUGGAAAUGACCUUUAUGGGCGUGACACAGGGAUGUACAAAUAGGUUUAGCCCAUACUACACUUUAUUCUAGCUGUCUGAAUUAAUAAUCUGUGUGUUUUUAACCAUCCACAGACAAUGCUGCAGAAAACCCAGGGUAAAGGAUGUGGUCUUGGCAGCCUUAUAUGAAAGCAAGAUCCACUUCCUCAGCCCUACUUGCAGCAUUCAACUGUUCCUUCACGAUUUCUGUCCGUCACAAGAUACAGAUGACCUUGUGCACUAUAUCAGUUGGAAGAAGAUUCUCAGUUAAACCUUUUUAUUAUCAGCAAGACUAACGUCCUUGCAUUAAGCUCAUCUGUCUAUAAAAGAAAUUGGUUGCUUUUUUUAUAUAUAUAUAUAUAUAUAUAUAUAUAUAUAUAUAUAUAUAUAUAUAUAUAUAUAUAUAUAUAUAUAUAUAUAUAUAUGAGAAAAAAAAGCCCCAGCUUUCACUCCAUCUCUCUUGUGGCACUUUAAAGAUGAGAACCUCAUGUUUGCAAAAGACUAAGUAUUACCUGUAAAAGAUGAACAUGUUGACAGCAGUUGGCUUAUUUGUAAAUGCUUCCCCCAACUCUGGGGGGAAGGGGUGUUUUACAGCAUUUGAUAAGAAAUUCCUAUUUCAGUGUUUUCAUUGCCGUGACAUUCUAUCAGCAGAAGGCUUUCCUUGAUUCCUCAUUACCGCAGCUCUUAAUACUAAUGAAGGGACAACUCUCUUGCUGUGUAGCCACUGACUACAAGAUUUUCAAUUUGUGAUCUAUAUUUUACAAAGUUAAAGGCACAUUUAUGGAUCUCAUCAUUUCCAUGACCUGCUUAUUAACCAAAAGCAAACUACUCUGCAGUUGUACAAAGUCUGAUAAUGGGGACAAAGGAGUCUUAAGAAGCCCUAUAUUUUUUAUAUGUAAACGUUUUUUGCACCAAGACCGUCGGAUUUAAUCGUAGACACUUUACCAUUGGCUGCUUACGCCCCAGAGUUGGUGGAUAUAUUAGCACUUCUGAGCGGAGGGAAUUGUUUUUGUGAGGUUAGUGGGUAAAGUUGUUAAAAUUACUGAUGCCACUUUAAAAAGAAUUAAAAAAAAAGUAAUGAAUAAGCUGAACCAUUUCAUUGGUAUGGGCCCAAGAUUAAUAGUACAGCCGCAUCAACUCUGCAUCUUAAGAAUGAUUGGGGCAGUUCAGCAGAGAGAUUAUUCAUAGGACAACUGAAGAAUGGGAGCACACACUUCAAGGGUUGUGCAGUUUUAUUACAUAAAUGUGUAGGUAUUAAUGUUACAAAAAUACACAAACUAUGUGCAUGUCAACUGAUGGCAUGUGCACACAUUUGUAUUUGUUAGCGUAGCAAGGGCUGAUGAACUCCCAACUCAUUUGUUUGCAGCUAAGUAAAGCUGAAUAUCUCUUGCAAGAAGUGCUGACCGCCUUUAAUUAGUGUUCCAGCUGCCCAGGUGCAAAUGAAUUUGAUGCAGAGGUACUUGUUGCAAUUAAUUUGGACUCUGUUCCCCCACUGAUAGUGCUGCCUUUCCCAUGUUGCUGUCUGUAAUGCACAACUCAUUUAUAACAAGUAAAGAUUGAUGGGGUGCAAUCCCUAAUCUUAUUUCCUGAUGUUUUCACUAGGUAAUACCUGGAGCAGAUACCUAUGAACAGUAGGGGUUUUAGUGCUACCUCCAGCAAGUAGGCAAUUCUGCUUAUUAAAGUUUUUCAUCUUUUCCCUGAACUGAGUUACUGAUGCAUAAAUGCCUUUCCCUCUCUUCGGUGCCUACGGAAUGUUAGAUAAAGCCAGCUAAUUGCCCUUUGAUAUUGGGUUUACUAUGUUAAUCAUUCAGAUGGCUUUUUAUGUAGGAUCAACGCUCCAGGUUUAUCAUUUAUGGUGAAACAAAGGGCGGUUUUUUAAAUGGCAUCAAAGAAGUGAAAAAAAGGUGCUGUGUGGCUGAUAGCAAAUCCAUGUGUCAAACUGGAAAAUUCAGUCUGUUUACCAAAGCCAAUGCUUAUUGGGUAAAUAACAUGGAUUUUUAAACUUCUGGCUACUUGUAAAUGAAUGGAAUGCUUAUGGUGAUCACAUUGUUACCCCCUCACCACUCAUUCGCAUUGUUGACUCAUAAAUACCAUAUGUCACUGCUUUUUAACAUGGCAUUUACCACCAUCACCAUUGAAGGAGAAAUAGACUGAGGCUUGCGAUCUACUCAACUAAACAGUCUUCUUCCAUGGGACAAAUGUUUCUGUUGGCACCUUAUAGCCAAAUAUAUAGAAGGUACUUGAUAAUAACAUGGCAGGAAACUGCUUAGUUAGUAUAGGCCUAAAACUAUGCAUUAUUGUGGGCUGCUUAGAAAUCUGCAAUGGUCACUAUUGAGAAGCUGCUCGGCAUACAGUGGCCAUUUUAAUAACUAAACUGUGAGACAGUGUCUGUUUGUGUUUGUGUGUAUGAAUGACAUGGUUAAUGUUGUGUUUUGAAAGUUGUCCCAAUUUCUGCAUUCUUAUCUUGUUACCUGCAUUGCGUUUUUGUUUUUUUAUUUGUAAAAUAUAUAUAUAUUAAACUGCCUUUAUCAUG